UGUGCUUACAGGUUAAAUAUGAAGUGACUGUCGUUUGUGCUUACAGGUUAAAUAUGAAGUGACUGUUCACUUUUUUCAAUGGAUAGCAAAGAAUUGACCAACGUACCAGACUAUCAGAAAAUUAGACAAACAAGCUAUACAGCAGGUGGAGCAGGCAGUAAUGCAGCAAACUGGGAUGAGGAUGUGGAGGUACUGACACCCUCCCCUGUGGUACAGCACCCACUGGCAUCUCAACAUACCCACCUACAUCCACAGCCAACAUGGGAUGGGAAGCAGCUAUAUUUUGGCUCCAGCAUCCAUGGCUUGAAGGCAGGCUGGGAGCCAUCAUACAGCAGUCCCAUCUACUCCAGCAAUCAUCCGCCACACCACAACUCACGACACCCCCCAAAAUACACAGACUCUGCUGGUGUUCAACGGAGAAUUUUAGGGAAAAAUGUUUCACCAAACAGACGUAGUUUUACUGAAGGACUUUCGGCUCACGAUGAUGACUUUUCACAUCAGAGAAGCAUCAAGUCCAGUGCUAGUCAACAAAAUAUUUCUCAUUACUCAGGUUCUCCAUCCAACUAUAAGGAAAAUGUAUCAAACUCUCAGUUUGAAAACAGGACUCAUCCUGGACUUAUCAGGAAAGGAAAUAGCACACAAAACAUCAUGGGGUACUAUGAUCACCCUAAGAAAACUGAUGAACAGUGGAAGGAUAUUGGCGGAGGUCAUGUGACUGGAAAAGUUCCACAGGAUGACCUCAGGUCUUGGCAGCAGCAGCAUCAAGAAGAACUGCUACAUCAGCAUCUAGAGACUCAGGCUCUUUAUGAAAACCCAAGCAGCCAGGCCCAGUACUCUGAAGCAGUUUUGUCCAAGCUCAAUCUGGAUGAUUCACAGAGUAGAUGGGACCCAGUCAGAAGGGCAGCAGACAGCAUUAUCAAAGAAAAAAACAUGAUCAUUGACAAGUUAAAGAACAGAAUUCUGGAACUAGAAGAAGAUUAUCAAAUCUCUGAGAGCAACUUGAGACAGGCUUUGAUUGCCAAAGAAGAUGAUACAGAUAUUGUUAAGCACAAACUCCAGGAAAUGCAACACAAGAAUACUAACCUAAAAGAAAGACUGCAUGAAGAGAGGGCAAGAAAGCAGACUGAGGUGGAUGGUCUAGAAUCUAAAUUAGGCUCAGCUGAACAUGAAAUAGAACAGUUGCAUGCAGCGCUACAGAAACAGGAGCUGAAAUUCUCUGAACUACAAAAGAGUUUGAGAGAAAAAUGCACUGAGGCAGAAAGCUGGAAGAAAAAAUGUGAAGAAUCUUUGACUGGUCACCAGGAGCUGAAGAAAAAACUGGACAGUCUGCAGAGAUAUUUGGAUGAGCUGCCCACUGUGGAGGAGAGCAGGCUCCACGCACAGCAGGUCCUCGCCUUGCGUGAAGAAAAUGCAUCCCUUAAGAUGAGAACUGAAAAUUUUGAGAAAAAAUUGAGCCAUGCCAGAAAAAUUUUAACAGCUCGGGACUUCAGGAUACGUGAGCUAGAGGACAAGGAACAAGAGCUAACAAUCAAGUUAACAAACAUACAAGAAGAGUUUGAGAGAUUUGAAGAUAAAGAAAAGCUGGAGUUUGACAAGAGCCAACUGAAACAAUGUCAGCUAGAGAAGGAGAGACUGGCAGCUGAUUUAGAGAAGGCUAAGAAGCUGCUAGAGACGACCCACCUGAAGCUGAGAAAAGUGGAGACCAAACACCAGUCAGAUCUGAGGUCAGCGCUAGAGAGGCUGGCACAAGAGGAGGAGGCUGUCCACUCUCUCAAGGAGGAAGUGAACCAAAGAGAGGGACUUAUUGAGAGGAUGAAAAAAUCACUGAAAGAGCAUGGCCUCCACAAUCAAGCCCUAGUUGAAGAAAAUCUCCAGCUGAAAGAAGAACUGAGACAGCAGGAGGCCCAGGACCCCAGCAUCUCUCCCCAGUCUCUACACACUCUACUACAGCAGCUGGGCUUUUGUUUUGCUGAGCUGCAAGCUUUAGUGCACGUAGUCAAGCAGCGGGCUCGAGGAGAGGAUCCCGAUAUCUCUCUAUUACUGGGGGUCAAAGGUCCAGAGAAUGAAGCAGGUGCUAUGGCCAAGCCAUUGAUAUCUCAGUGGCUGCUGACAGUGGGGGAACUUCGCAGGGAGAUGGACAAGAUGAGGGCGUUCAUCUGUAACAGAUACGCUGAGGACAUGGGGGACAACAUCACAUGUGCCACUCAGUAGAGAUGGUUCGUGUUUUGACAGUCAAACUGUGCAGCAGAGGAGACUUUUUAUCUGCCAAAAUUUGUUCAGUAUAUUAAGAUUUGUGUACAUAGUUUAAUAAAUUAUUUAUCUGCCACC